AUGUCUUUCUUCGGUUUCGAUGCGACGCGCCACAACAAUGCGGCCCCGGGCUUUUCUCAGGCCCACGACCCCUUCGCCGGCUUGUCUCAUCGCACCGGCGACAAUGACGAUGCUAUGGACUUCGAAGAUACCUACGACGGACUAGGUGACCAACUUGACGAAAGUGGCGAUGCCUUCAAUGACGAUACCUUUGGCGGAGGGCUUGAGGACAGCGGUCCCACCAACAGGGGGGGCGCGCCCUCUGUUGGCAAGGAUUUUGACUUUUUUGGUCAGACUGCCAAGGUGUCUGAUGCCAUUGAGGAGGAACAAGUCCUUUUCAGUCGUCAAGGCCCUGCACCUCGAGCACCUCAGGCGCCUGCAGAUUACCAUUCGUCUGCCAUUGCUCCUGGUAUCUACUACUCUAGCCAGCCCAGUCAAUCUUACGGCACCCCUGCCCGAACUGGCUACGAGAAAUAUCGCGAAGCUGAGCCAAUUCCCGAUCUUCAUGUCGAUGCCUCGCUUUGGGGAAUGCCCGCCAAGAAGUUCGCGCCCACGCCCUCUCCACAGCCGGCGUACCAGCCCUCUCCCGUCCCAGCAUCUGGACGGAAGGUCAUGAGCCUGGAGGAGGUUGAGAAGGCGAUGCGCGAGCAAACAACAGUGCCUGGACAGCACGCUGGUGUCGAAAAUGUUCACCACCCGCAGCACUAUGCUGCCGAUCACAGCGACUUCUACGGACACCCAGAACAUGCUCAACACCAGUAUUCGUACUCUGCAGCCGAACAGCAGCGUGCGACCCAUUCUCCUGCCCACCCCGGCCAUAGCCACCCUGUUACCAUCCUCCAGCGCCCUCAGUCAAAGCAGCCUACCCCUAGUGCCCCGAGCCCGCAAGCUCGGCAGCAACAGCAGCAGCCCCCGCCUGUCCACCCGACCCAGAUUCUCCAGAACCCGAACCGACUUUCUGGUGACGCCGCCCGCAUCGGUGUCCCUACUCACCCUACGCAUCGGUCUCAGGGUUCCAUGGGCCGCAGCCAACAGGCUCAGACCCAAGCGCAAGCCCAGGCCCAGCAGCAGCACUUGGCUCACUUGUCUGAAGAGGAAAAGGCAGCAUUCCUCGACCAAGAGACGAAGCGAGCCAAACGUAACCACAAGAUCUGGCUCCUGUCUAAGGAUAAUGGUCUCAUGACGCCGCAGGACAAGAACUUCAUCACUCGUAUUCAGCUACAGCAGCUUGUAUCCGCAACUGGAAACCCCACGGAUGUUGCGAACGAAGGUGCCCUAGCUGAGGACUUUUAUUACCAGGUUCUCAGCCAGAUCCGCGGCGGGCAACGUCAGAACCCCAACCAGCCGUUGAACAACUUUGCGCAAACCUAUCUCUUCCAGACUGGCAGCCGCCAAGGUGCGAUGCGUCGACAGGGUCGUGCCGCUGAGAACCAUGUGCAGCGAAUGGAGCAACAGGUGCAGCGGGCUGUUGAAGCGGCAAAGAACAAGCCCAAGAACCCUCAGUUGGUCAUCGCUGGCAGCCUUGGCAAGAUCUCCUUCAGCAACUCUAAGACGCCGAAGCCUCUCCUAAACAUCAAGCGAACGGAGAGCUCGGGUGAGACUCAGAAGCCGAGCAACGCAAAGCGCGCCCUCGGCGGCGGCGCCCUCGACCGUAAGGCCAUUCUCAGGAACGUUGAGCGUGUCUACAGCACGAUUAUGCAAAUGGAGGACCAUGCUCGCCAUGCUCCUCCACCUCCCAACGAUGGAAACGACGAGGAUUUCCAUGUUAAACAUCAGGAAUGGUUAGAGCAGGCUCAAGCUCUCAACGCCAAGCUCUGGAGCGAACUCAAGGUGCAUGAGCCUAUUCGCGAGGGGACUGUCCACCCAUUUAUCGCGUUCCUGUCUUUCCCCAAGGGCAAGAAGGUUUUCUCCCGCGUCUUCCGUCACAUUAGCUUCGAGCAGCGGACGACCAUCCUUACCAUGAUCAUCUUCCACCUGGACUCUCUGGACGUCGUCCACGGUGCGCAGCUCACCCACGGCGAGAAGAACCUCAGUGCCCAGAAGCGCGAGGAUAUCGAGCUCUUCUCUCUCGCCGUCAUGCCCAGCCUGUUUGCAUACUUCAACGACACUCAGAUCGACAUUGUCACAGAUGUCCUCAGCAUCAUCACCUCCAAGCUGAAUGUCGACAGCAUCGCGAAGACUCGCGUUGGAACCUCAAUGCUCACCCUUGUGCUGAGCCGCGCCGAACUGUUGAAGCAGGCUGGUGGAGGUAAUCCUCAGGCAUGGAACGAAUGGGAUCAAGUGUUCGGCAGCUUCUUCAACGUCAUUGAGCCGACUCUUCCUCACAUGUUCCCCGGUAAUGUCAAUGCUGGCGAGGAUGUCAUAGUGUGGCAGCUUCUUGCGGCCAUGGGCGUCAGCGCCAACCCCGAGCAGCAGCAGCGUCUGGUGCUUGCCGUGAAGGAUCGAGUCCUCAGCACCGUUGAGCACGCAAAGACGCUUCCCGGUGCCAUGGCCUCUCAACGUCUUGGGACCGUCAAUCUGUUCAUGCAUUCGAUUGGAUUAGAUGUUGAUCUCUUGCAGUAA